AUGGAGCAGCCGGUGACGGUCCCUGGGGGUGCUAUGGGACAGACCCCAGCACGGCCCGGGGCUCCACUGCUGCCAGGCUGGGCAAACCCUUCACCGCAGACGGUUCCUUUCCUGGAGAUUUCCUUCCUCUGGUACCAAAAGGGCCUCGGCGCGGCGGGCGCAGCACCAGGGCAGCGGCCAGACAACGAGUUCAGCGAGGUCUGCGUGCCCACCACGGCCCGCCGCGUCUACCUGCCCGCCGUCGUCAUGAACGGCCACGUCCACGACCUGCAGAUCAUGGACUUUCCCCCCAUCACCACCUUCCCCGUCAACACCCUGCAGGAGUGGGCGGACGUGUGUUGCAGGGGGCUCCGGAGCGUCCAUGCCUACAUCCUGGUCUAUGACAUCUGUUGCUUUGACAGCUUCGAGUACAUCAAAACCAUCCGCCAGCAGAUCCUGGAAACAAGGGUCAUCGGCACUUCGGAGACGCCCAUCAUCAUCGUGGGCAACAAGCGGGACCUGCAGCGGGGCCGGGUGAUCCCGCGCUGGAACGUGUCCAACCUGGUGAAGAAGACGUGGAAGUGCGGCUACAUUGAGUGCUCGGCCAAGUACAACUGGCACAUCCUGCUGCUCUUCAGCGAGCUCCUGAAGAGCGUGGGCUGCGCCCGCUGCAAGCACGUCCACACCACCAUCCGCUUCCAGGGUGCCCUGCGCAGGAACCGAUGCACCAUCAUGUGAGCCUCCCCCUGCCCC